AUGCUGCAUGGUACGGUUGAAGAAAGAGAGAAGAUCAAGGCUCCCAUCAGACGGGAGAAGAUCUCCAGAAAGGGUAGUUCCUCUGUGGCUGACAUUGUGAUCACGUCUUACGAGACUCUCAUUUCCGAUAUUGUUUGGUUCCAGCGUGCUUUUGUCUGGAGGUAUGAGGUGCUCGACGAGGGACACAGAAUCAAGAAUGGGCAUUGCAAAAGAGCUCAGAUGUUGGCUCGACUGCGGACAGACUUCAAGCUAGUCUUGACGGGAUCAGCCGAGAGAAUGGAUAACUCUGUGGAGGACUUUGGAAGUGGCGCCUCAGAUGCAACCUCCUCUCAGCCUGAGCCUAAAGCCGAGAAACGAAAAGUUCGAAUUCUCGAUAACAUCCUGAUGAAAUUGCGAAAGUGCUCGAUUCAGCCUUAUCUCUUGAACGACGCAAUACCGGAUGAUUAUGAACCAGGCAAUCGCAUCAUCGAAGCCUCAGGAAAGUUUGCCGUUCUGCGGAAGAUUCUUGUGAAGCACGUCCGACUCGACGGAGGAACACCCAGUGCCAUGAGGAACCUGUCCAUGUACCUCUUUCAAAUAGAUCCCCGGUACAUGGUAUUUCUUGUUUUCAUCCGUGCCGGAGGCGAAGGUCUGAAUCUUAUCAGCGCGUCGACUGUGCUGUUUCUUGAUGAAGACUGGAAUCCACAGGUGAUGAAGCAAGCUGAAUCACGAGUCCACCGCAUGGGUCAAACCCAGCCAGUUGAGAUUUUUUGCAUUCAGGCGAAGGGCACGACCGAGGGGCAGAUGUCGCGUCGCCUGGUCAAGAAGGCUUACCUAGCAGCAACCAUUACAGGAAACACAGAGCUCGAGCCUUCUAUCUCAGUGAAGGCUAUCGGACUCGGUGAUGCAUUUCAGCACCAGACUCGCUGGACAACUUUGCGCUACUCUAUCUGGCCUUUUUGGAGACAUGGUUUCCAACGCUGCCAAGCCUCUGUACCCGAAAGAUUUAAGCAUUCGGUCAUCACAAUGGAUGAAGAAAGGGCAUGGAUAGAGAAAUCUGCCCGUGUGGGAACCAACAACUUUAAUGGUGAAACUGUGGACACCAGCGGCAGGUCGUUCUCGGUUUACAAAGAAACUGUCCCACUGAAUCUCUUUCGCGCUGCCAGAAGGAUCGGAGAAGAGCGCACGGUCAUGAUCGAUGGAUUUGCGGUCUCGAAAGACAGUAUACUCGACAGUGCACCCCUGUCUCCUGGUGGUAAACCUUUCGAAAAGCAGGAAGGACGCAGUUCAACUGCCAAAAUCUCCCACGAGCUCCAAGCGGACGAUGCAAUCGAACACAAAUGCUUCCUGACUGACGCCAGCCGCUUAUACGAUUAUGUGCUGGGUCUUUACGACCUUGAGCUUACGCCACUGGUAGCUCAGCAAGCUCAAAUGGACCAAUAUGGAUAG